CCUGUCAUGAAGUAGCUGACAGUCGUCACGUUUAAAGGGAUUUAAUAACAACACGUCUCCUUCCUUCAAAACAAAGUCUUUCAGUGUCGCUGAGGGAGCAGAUCAGGAUGGCGGGGGCCGGGGGCAACGCUCCUCCCAACCCAUCCUGCAAGAUCAUGACCUUCCGACCCACCAUGGAGGAAUUCAGGGACUUCAACCAGUACUUGGUCUACAUGGAAUCACAGGGAGCCCACCGAGCAGGCUUGGCUAAGGUGAUCCCACCGAAAGGGUGGAAGCCAAGGCGUAGCUAUGACGACAUUGAUGACCUCGUCAUCCAAGCCCCUAUCCAGCAGAUGGUAGCUGGCCAAUCAGGACUCUUCACACAGUAUAACAUCCAGAAGAAACCACUCACUGUGCAGGAGUUUCGUAGGCUCGCUAACAGUGACAAGUACUGUACCCCUCGCUACCUGAACUAUGAGGACUUGGAGAGAAAGUACUGGAAGAAUCUGACCUUCGUAUCACCCAUCUAUGGAGCGGACGUCAGCGGCACACUCUACGAUGAGGGCGUCGAGGAGUGGAACAUCGGCCAUCUGAACUCCAUCCUGGACGUGAUCGAGGAAGACUGCGGUGUGUCCAUUCAGGGCGUGAACACACCGUACCUGUACUUCGGCAUGUGGAAGACCAGUUUUUCCUGGCACACCGAAGACAUGGAUCUCUACAGCAUUAACUACCUGCACUUUGGAGAGCCCAAGUCCUGGUAUGCCAUCCCUCCGGAACACGGGAAGAGGCUCGAGCGCUUAGCUACAGGGUUCUUCCCCAACAGCUUUAAGAGCUGCGAGGCAUUCCUGCGGCACAAGAUGACUCUGAUCUCUCCUUCCAUACUGAAGAAGUACGGCAUCCCGUUUGACAAGACUACUCAAGAGGCAGGAGAGUUCAUGAUCACUUUUCCGUACGGAUAUCACGCCGGCUUCAACCACGGCUUUAACUGUGCCGAGUCCACCAACUUUGCCACGCUGCGCUGGAUCGACUACGGGAAAAUGGCCACGCAGUGCACCUGUAGCAAGGACAUGGUGAAAAUAUCUAUGGACCCAUUCAUCAGGCGGUUUCAGCCGGAUCGCUACCAGGUUUGGACGCAGGGCAAAGACACCUGCCACAUCGACCACACGCUGGCCACGCCCGCCUCCACGCCAGAGCUACAGGCAUGGCUGCAGAGACGCAGGAAAAGCAAACCUCCCACCAAAAGCAGCCUCCAUCAUCCUCGCACGCGCUCCAAAAGGCUGAAGACAGUGGAGGAACCAGUUGCAAUGGAAACCUCUUCCGUUGGGGGUAGUGGCCAAACGGGUGGGAAGGUGGAGUUGGCUCCUGGAGACCCGGAGAAGGAAGCUGCUAACCCAAAUCAGAAAGACCACAAAUCCCACGAUGCACUGCGGUGGCCCACUGACCUCAAAGGUCCUACUGGCCCUUGUCGACAGAUGUGUGUCGUCAAGGUGAUGCGAGUAGAAAGCUCUUUACUGGUUGAUUCAUCUAAACCAAAAAGAGAAGAACUUCCCGCCGCCCUCCCAAACCCGCUAGAGACCUCGGACAACGAAGUCCAAAUCAGAGGUGCUGAACCCUCAGAGACCCGGAUGACAGCUGAUCCUGGGUCAGAAUCCAGCGCAGACAUAAAGACAGAAAACACUCAGGAGUUUCAAAUGGAGGAGGAGUCGUCUCUUAAUAUCACCUCUGCCUUACAAAGUCUUGACACAGCUAAAUCUCCUCACUCUGUGUCUGCCUCAGCAUGUAGCAGUGACAGUGCCAUGGCAACGGUUACGGAAAGCAGUUCGGAGCCUGUCAACACUAGAACGGACCUGACCGAUCGGAAUUCCUCAAGGAGCGACCGUGGCUCAGCAAACGAAGAACUGAAAGACGACUCGUGCCCUCGGAGUCCCAGUUCAGACCCUGCACCUCAGCAUUCGGAAUUCAGCACGGAAACCACACUGCACUGUGCCCUUACCGAGGAACAAGGGCACGUAGCAACCUCAGAAGGGGUUGACCCGUCUCAAAAUACCCCCAUGCAGGGAACAUCCAUUCCAGACAUGCCCCUGUUGACACCCGAACCUACAGAAGAGGAGCAGUCGCAUCCACCUUCCUCCCUCGCUCCUGAGAUGCCCUCUCUGACCCUCGCCGUUCGGUCUGAUGUCAACUGGACCAGAACCGAAGCUCCGGCCUCUUUAGCAGCACCUGUGCUGUACAGGGAGGUGACCCAGUCACCUAUGGAUACCGUGCAGGACUCCGCUUACGGGUCAGAGCCUGCUGCACUUUACCACAGCUGGGAUUUAGGUCCGAUUCAGGAAGGUUCAUGUGACUCAAAAGGUUCCAUGGACACAAAGACCCAGCUCGUGGCUCCUGAUCUGGAAACACUGCAACCUGUGCCAACUGUGGAAACCAAACAGCAUGACAUCUGUGACAAACAGGACUCACGCAUACUCUCGCAUGAAGAUACACACAUUCUGAUGCACGAGGAAACACAUACUCUUGCGUGUGAGAGCGCACACAAUCUCGAAUGUGGAGACAGAAACAGACUUUCACCUGCUCAGAGUCUUACAAACACUACUCAUUAUCCCCUUCCAGACAACAACACUCUUGGCCUUGUGUCCAGUCUAAACACUACCCAUAGUCCACUACAGCACUCCACGCCUUGUGACACGGGCCACAUCGACGUAGCAGGUUCAGCUAAUGAAGACGACUUAGCACUCUCGUACCCCAGACAAAGCACUGACAGUCCCAGCAUGUCACAUGACCAGUGCGGCGUCCUCCCAUCGAAACAGACAGACACUGAAGACAAAAGCACUUUUCAGCAACUACAGAAGGAAAGUUCCCCCUUCACACAAAGCCCUUGUUUAAAGUCCCAUCCCUUCUCCAUUGACAUCUGGAAAAACAUCAGCUCCCAGAAUCCCGCGGUGCUUAUCGAGAACCUGCGGCCUGAGCUGGAGGUCGGUUUGACCAAAGGCGGAGACGGGAUGACGGCCUACGACCACGAUUCCGACUCCGAGCUCCCGUAUGCUAUGUGGACUGAGCCACGUUGCACGGAGGUCCAAUCCCCCAAUCCUCCAGACUCUCCGGCAAAGGCCCUGACAUGGGCCAACCUGGAGCCCAGCACGGUGGACCCUGCUGGGGCAGAGCCGACGGCAGGACUGCCGGAAGAUCUGGAGCUCCAGAGGGCAGUGGUGGUGGAGGAGGAGGCAAUAGAUGCGCAGCUACCAGCACAGGGAGAGCUGGGAACAAGUAGAUCCUGGCAGACAGGAAUGAAGAAGCGAGGGUGUUUCAGCAACGCUUCGUCCCCCCGUGAGGGCUCCUCCCAGGAAGGAGAGUCGGAUUCGGGGGGAUCCAGGGCGAAGGAGGACAGCAGCAGCGAGUCGAGUGAGGAGAACAACGCCAGCGAGACGGAGGAGUGCGGUGACCCAGGGCUAGAGCCAGGGGAGGUGUGCGCGUAUUCCUUACCCAUGGUGAAGAGGACCACCAAAAGUUGGCGCCACCCCUUGAGGAAGCCCACGGCCAGAGCCGUGCCCAGUGCAGUCAAACAGCAGACCGCCAGCGAUGACGAGCAUACCGAGGAGGGCAUGUGUGAGGAGCAGGCGGAGGAAACCGAACCUUGGGCUCGUCCGCUGGUGCAUCUGUGGCAGAACAGGAAAGCCCAUUUCCCCUCCGAGAGAGAAUACAACAGCGCAGCUGCCAAAACCCAGCCGCACUGCGCCGUGUGCACACUGUUCAUGCCUUACCAUCAGCCGGAGGAGAAGUCAGAUGUGGUCGUGGGCACCCUCGGUUCGUCGGAGGUCACGGUGGGGUCGCAGACAAGGCCUCUGAUUCCCGAGAUCUGUUUUGCUUUCCGGGAAGAGUCGUGCCCCCCUAACCCCCUGGAGGAGGGCGAUGGGUCAAGUCUACUCAUCGCCUGCCGGAAGUGCUGCGUUCAAGUCCACGCAAGUUGCUAUGGCGUUACUGUGCAUGAUGUCAGCGGAGAAUGGACAUGUGACCGGUGUGAGAGUGGCGACAUGGCUGCUGAAUGUUGUCUGUGUAACCUGAGAGGUGGCGCAUUAAAGAGAACGACAGACGAACGAUGGGCUCACAUAAUGUGUGCGGUGGCCCUGCCGGAGGCGAAGUUCGUUGACGAGGCGAAGAGGGGUCCGAUCGAUGUCAGCGGCGUGCCUUUACAGAGAUAUAAACUGAAGUGUAUAUAUUGUCGAAACAGGAUAAAGAAAUUGUCGGGCGCGUGUAUCCAGUGCUCCUGCGGGCGGUGCCCCACCUCCUUCCACGUCACAUGCGCACAUGCUGCUGGGGUCACCAUGGAGCCUGAUGACUGGCCAUACGUGGUGUUCAUCACUUGUCACAGACACCAAUCACGCAGCUCCAGUGCUAAGCAGAAGGUGACCCGACCCGGGUUGUCUCUGGGUCAGACGGUCAUCACCAAACACAAAAACCUGCGGUAUUACAGUUCGCGGGUUACCGAGGUGAUCGCACAGACCUUCUACGAAGUCAUGUUCGACGACGGAUCCUUCAGCAACGACACCUUCCCAGAGGACAUUGUGAGUCGAGACUGUGCCCAGCUUGGGCCUCCUGAAGUGGGGGAAACUGUGCAGGUGAAGUGGCCCGAUGGGCUUUUCUAUGGAGCCAAGUACCUGGGAUCUAACACAACAUACAUGUACCAGGUGGAAUUUGAAGAUGGGUCACAGGUGUUGGCCAAGAGAGAAGACAUUUACACCCUGGAUGAGGACCUGCCAAAAAAGGUCAAAGGCCGUCUGUCUACAGCAUCCAGCAUGCGUUUCCAGGAUGCGUUUUUUACCACACAGGGAGAGAGGAAGAGGCAACGCACGCCCAACUCUCGCUUCCAAAACGACUACAUAGCCCAGCUGACCCCUCGUACUUCAUCCAGGACUCUUCCCGAGCACCGAAACAACAAAGCCAACUGAAAGAAAGAGAGAAGAAAGAUAGAAAGAAACUCACAAAUGAACGCUCCAAACAUCACACUAAGAGACUUAACAACAACAACAGGGAACAGGAGGGGUGUCUUUCAUGUCAGGGAAAAAAACAGCCUUUUUAAAAUGCUAGAAUGUUGGAAAUUUUCAAACUUGGAUUCACUGGGAGUCAU